AUGGUCCGCGCCUGUCCCAUAUGCAAAUCCCGCCGAUGGCACCGUGAGCCUCUCUCAGGCCUUAUCGUCUGCUCAGAAGGGCACGUUCUCGCCAAUUACCGGAAUGAGAAUAACGAGCUGCUUGAAUCGGGCCCGCAUCUGCUUCAUAAACGGAGCUUGAAGCGUCCUAAGCGGACCAAGGUUCACGCGAGUAACGCCGAUCCGAAAUUAUACCACGGCGAUCGCGCCCGCUUCCAUUACCUCCAAUGUCUACAACUCCUCUUCCGCCACCAAGUCUCCACUCUGAUCCGCAUCUGGUCCCUCCCCCCGGAGUUCGAGAUAAUAUGUAGGGACACAUGGGCGCUGCAUGUUCUUCUCUGGCCCAAAAUACCAGAUGAACCGGUGCAUCACGCGCACGCUACUUCUUCCUCUGACAUAUCCCAGCACGCGCAAGUCGGUCGGCCGGAGCAGCCAGCGCGCGAGGAGACGGUACCCCGGACUGAAGAUGAGCCUGCAUCUGAAGCGGAGAGCGAGGAAAGUGAGGAGAAUAGCGAUCUUGCUGGCCUACUCUCAGAAGCGUCUGGAUCUUCCUCGGAGGACGAGGCCCAUCGCUCCCAGUCAGGCCCGGAAGGACCAGCGCAAAGGAUCAAAGCCCGAAAACGCAGAGCAGCAUUGCACGAAGGUGACGCUGCUACACCGCGGGGAAACCUCUCCGUGCUCAUGUGUGCGCUCUACCUCCUACGCGUGCCUGUGACGUACGCCGAUAUCCUUAGGCACACGUACGCGCUGCCGUAUCUGGCCCCAUCGCACCAUCUCCCACCGGAGAUGACCCAGCACCUAACAAAAAGCACGAUCCAGGGUUUGUCGCCCAAGUUCCCGCCCAAAGCGAGGAAGGUGCAUGCUCUUGCUAGCCGUCUUGCGCGCAACGUGUGGCUCAAGUAUGGAAUCCGCAUUCCGGAGCUGAAUGCUGCUCCCGUCCUGUGGCGGGCUGUCCGUGCACUCAACGGUUCCCCCCUUCUCUACACGCUGAGCAAACGCCUCCUCGCAGCUCUAGACAUACCGCUGACGCUCCACCCCUCACUCGUUUCCCUUCCCUCCAAUUCCCCACCGACACCUCCAACACUUCCACCUCCAAGACGCCACCCACACGAGAACAUCCCCCCUGAGCUUGGUCUCAUCUGCGGGGUCGUGCUCGCGCUCAAGCUCCUCUAUGGGCUGGACGGAACCCCUCGCCUUCCGAGGGACGACUCUGACCGGCUGGCGGGGAUGCCAGAACUCGGACCAUGGCUGGAUACCCUCAAACAGGCCAAGGAGAAAACUACCAGGGACCUAUAUACCGCUCCGUCAGAGAUGGGCGUGCUCCAAAUGUCGGAUGAGGAGACAGACGCAUACCUUUCCUUCGCUCAACAUGCGUUGGUUGAUCCUAGGCCUUCAAUUAACAAGCCGGAGGAUGACCUGCUGCCGCGUUUCUUUCCCCUUCCUUCCGUCCCUCGGCCCGAUGCACAUGGCGACCAUAUUGGCCCUUCGUCCGCCUUUCCUUCAAACACGGAUUUUACUGCCACCCCGCUGAGCCGGGACCCAGCAGCUCUGCAGCCAGGGAACAAGCACGUAGUCUACUCCCAUCUGGAUAAGAAUGGGACAGUGCCCGAGGAGUACGAACUCGUCCUCCAGACCGCGGCGGGCUGGGCAAGGGUGGAGGAGCAGGACGUGCUGACUGUCGUGGAGGUGUAUGAACGGAGGUUGGAAAGAGGUUGGAGGAAGGAGAGGAGGAAGAGAAGGUUGGAGAGCGGUGAAGAGAGGGAGAAGGAGGUGAGGCACAGGAGUCGGUCGGCUCUUCGAGCGACUUGA